UUUGUUUCUGUUUCUAAACUAAAGUAACCUGUUGAACGCAGAGACAAGUUGUACGUGAACUUUUAGGAAUUUUACCGUGAGUUGUAGCUAGUUGCUAGUAAGUCAGCCGAUAACUUUUUUAAUGUGAACAUCAACUUGAGUCGCAAAACUGUGGUGCCUUGCUUUGGUGCAUCCUGCGAGUGCACGUAUUCAAUCAUCCGUCAAUCAUCAUUGCCCACGCGACUCUUCGGACAUAAUUCUGAGAAGUAGGUCGUUAAUUACGUGAUGGGUUUAAGCCACUGACCUAAACAAACUCGCAGAUGACUGGAACUGAAGAAUGCCUGUGCCUUAUUUGAACCCUUUAUAGGUCAUGAAAGAAGAAAGGACAGAUAUGAAAGAACCACCCCAGAAUGUGAACCUUUGCCAACCCAGGCUCGCAAGUGAUGAUGUUCCUGACGAAAAGCAAGCAAUGGCUGUGUCGCACAUCGACCCAGAGGAGCGUCAUCCGGUGUUCAUUAAACAGGAAGGCAGCUCAUCGGAUAAUUCUCUCAGCCAGGUAUCUAAUUCCAUUGAUUUAGCCUUACGAAUCCCGAAGAACGAGGAGGACCAGUUUCAUUCCUCAGAAGAAUGUACUCUUCAAAAUCAACUGCAACGGAAUUUUCAGACGGUCAUCAAGAGCAUAAUCAAAGAAGAACCAGCAGAUUUUGAAGAUGAUUCGUGCAAUCCUUUACACUCAAGUACUGAUAUUAAACUCGAGUUCCCCUCGCAGCUGCCACAACAUUCGACACUUCCUGAACAGACACCUGUAAGUUUCCCCUCACAGCUACCGCAACAUUCGACAGUUCCUGAACAGACACCUGUAAGUUUCCCCUCACAGCUACCACAACAUUCGACAGUUCCUGAACAGACACCUAUACCGAAGUCUGUUAUUAAUUUAAAUGAUUUGCGUUCACGAAUAAUGCAAAAAAUAACACACCUAGUUGCGAAUAAAGUAUGUAUUCCGAAACCCUCUUUCUUAGGUUUUCGCGAACCCCCUUCGUCACUUCUCCCAACUCCAUGUCAGUUGAAGGACCGUGCUGCCACUCAAGGUAGCCCACAAGAUCCGCUUUUCAUAGGCAAGAAGAAUUUUAUUAACAAACAAAUCGAUGAGCAGAAGGGCAAUCUUUGUUCUACCCCCUCCACGCAAGAAAACCCCCUAAAAAUAUUCACCUGCAAUGAUUGUUCUGCGGAAUUCACCACAAAAAGCAGUGUAAGUAGACACAUUCGUACUCGCUGUCUUAAGAAACCUCAUCUUGGAGCUUCGUCCACGCAGAAUGGAACUGGCAAACAACAUAGAUCAGAGCACAAUAGGGAGAAACCUUUUUCUUGCAGUGAAUGCUCCGCAUCAUUUGCCCUAAGAAGCAAUUUAACAAGUCACAUGGAUACUCACCUCGGUAAGAAACCGUUUAGAUGUCGUCGCUGCCCAGCGUCCUUUGCAGUUAGGAGCAGUCUUCGAGAUCACAUUUUGACUCACACCGGAGGGAAGCCAUUCUCUUGCAGUGAGUGUCCCGCGUCGUUCGCCCAAUUUCAAAACUUGAAAAUUCAUAUGAAUACGCACAGUUGUGAAAGGCGUUUCAGUUGCAGUCAGUGUUCAGCCACUUUCAAAACCAGGAAAACCCUUCGAACCCAUUUUUUGACUCACUCCCAAGAGAAACCAUUCACCUGCAACGAAUGCACCGCAUCAUUCGCCCUGAAAUGUUUCUUGAACACCCACAUGAAAACGCACGGGAGUGAAAAACGUUAUAGUUGCCCACAUUGUCCAGUUGCCUUCAAGUACAAAAUCUCUCUCAAAAGUCAUGUUUUGACGCACACCGGAGAGAGGCCGUUCACCUGCAAUGAAUGCUCUGCAUCAUUCCUCCAGAUUAGUCACUUGAGAUGUCAUAUGAGAUUGCAUAGUGGCGUCAAACCUUUUAGAUGUAGUUAUUGUUCAGUCUCUUUUGCCCGCAAGCUCACCCUUAAAACUCAUAUUUUGACUCACACCGGAGGUAAUCCCUUCUCCUGCAAAGAAUGCUCCUCUUCAUUCGCCACAGCAAGCCGCCUUAAACGUCACAUGUACGGGCACACCGGAGAGAAACCAUUCACCUGCAGUGAAUGCCCCAGCGCAUUUAGCUGCAAGAGUAAUUUAAAUGCACAUUUGCGCACACAUACUGGUGAGAAAUCAUAUAGUUGUAUUCAUUGUUCAGCUUCUUUCAUGUGGAAGAGUAGUCUCAAUGCUCAUGUUUUGACGCACACUCGAGUGAGAAAGCGGAAACGUAAAAAGAUGAAAAACUAAAAUGUAUUUACAUUCAGUUAAAUUGCCGACCAUCCCACCAAACUCUCCCACCAUCAAAUCACAAAGUGUAAUUUACACUGUCAAAUGCAUAAUCUAAUCACUGUACAAAAAUAAACAUGACGAAGGAACAUUAUUGAAAAUUAAGAAUUUUUUCAAAAAUAAGGACGUACAAUUUUGUAGCAUAACCAGAUGUCUAAUUAGACUUGGGAAGUGAGUAGAAAGCCAGAUUACGUAAGCAAUGAGCAAAACAAAGCAAGUUAUACCAAACAUUCCUUUAAAAUUACAAUGUGCAGUACUUGUCAGCGAGGCCAUUCUCACUGUUUGUGGAUUUCACCUUGAAUAUUGAGCAAUUAUACUCACAAUCACAUUUUUUCUGAUCACAA